AUGAUCAUCCUACCAAAAAUACAUGAUACACCAAAUAAUACAUUAACACAGUUGCCCCGAAUAUCCGGUUCCAAUCCCAACAGCCACUCUGUUGAGCUUUCUGUCGAGUGUUCGUCGUCAUCAGCUACCCAGAACUUUCGACCGGGUAACACCUGGUCCCGCUCCUGCGGGUCCCACCAGCUAUUCUUCUCUGGAUCGGGUUCUGUCAAUUCCCCGCCGGUGAAUGUGGUCCCCACCGGGAACAUCUGCCCUUCCGGAAGGGUCCUGAAAACCGGCAUGGCAAGCCGGACCACGAAGCCUGAUGUCCUCGGUUCGGGCUCAAUGAAUUACGGUCAUAACAGCAUAAUGCGGGGUGGCGGGCUUGCAUCCAAGCCCGCUUCCAAUGGUGGGUCCACCAAUAAUUACUGGCGAGGGCUCAUGAUUGGUGGGGAUAUGGUAAGAAGGAGGAGUGGGGUUUGCAGUAAUAAUACUGAUCCUGAAGAAUUAAAAAGGAUGGGAAAUGACAACUAUAAGCAUGGACUUUCCGCAGAGGCUUUGACUUUUUACGACAAGGCGAUUUCUAUUUCGCCGGCUAACUGCUCCUAUCAUUUCAAUCGUGCGGCGACAUUGAUGGGUUUGAGGCGGUUGGUUGAGGCGGUUAGAGAAUGUGAGGAGGCAAUAAGGCUCGAGCCAGGGUACAUAAAGGCGCACCUCCGGUUGGGAUCUUUGUUUCUUAGGGCAGAAGCUCUCUUGAAGCUCCACCAACUCGAUGAUUCUUUCUCGGCCAUGUCAAAUAUCCCUAAAUCCGAGUCAUCCAACAGUCCUCAUCCUUCCCAGAAGGUUUUCGAGAUGACUUUUGAAGCAUAUAUAUUAUUCGUUAGAACCCAAGUCGAUUGUCCAAGGGAAGGUGAGCUAAGAUUGUGUUAUUUUGGGCAAUCCAUGAGAUUCAACUAA